GGCUCGGGCUGUGGCCAUGGCCCCGCGCCCCGCCGCGCUGCCGCGCCUGCUGCUCUCGUCCGCGGCGCGGGCGCUGCUGUGGCUCGGCCCCGUGUACCUGGCGGGCUACCUGGGGCUGAGCGGCAGCUGGCUGCUGCUGGCGCUGGCGCUCUGGCUCUGCUGGGGACUCAACCGGCGGGGGAAGCGCGACCGCCUGGCCGCCGCCUUGGCGCUGCUGGAGGACGAGCGGGAGGCGGUGUGCCGGGGGCUGGCCGCCCGGCACCUGCCGGCCUGGGUUCACUUCCCUGAUGUGGAACGAGUGGAGUGGCUGAACAAGGUCCUUGUGCAGGCUUGGCCAUACUUCGGAACAAUCAUGGAAAAAACAUUUAAAGAAGUUCUUGAACCAAAAAUCAGAGCAAAGAGUGUACAUCUGAAAACAUGCACCUUUACCAAGAUCCACUUUGGCGAGAAGUGCCCUAGAAUUAAUGGAAUAAAAGCCUACACCAAAGAAAUUGAUAGAAGACAAGUUACCCUGGACCUGCAGAUCUGUUACAUAGGGGACUGUGAGAUUCACAUGGACAUAUCGAAAUUUAAUCUUGGCGUGAAAGGUGUACAGUUGUAUGGGACGUUGCGGGUGAUCUUGGAACCUCUCCUGACCGAUGCCCCCUUUGUUGGAGCAGUGACCUUGUUUUUCAUGCAGAAACCGCAUUUGGAAAUCAACUGGGCAGGCAUGAGCAACCUUCUGGAUGUCCCAGGGAUUAAUGUAAUGUCGGACUCACUAAUUCAAGACUUCAUUGCUGCACGGCUGGUGCUACCCAACAGAAUCACAGUGCCUCUGAAAAAGAACAUGAACAUUGCCCACUUGAGGUUCCCUAUCCCCCAGGGAGUAAUAAGGGUUCAUUUGUUAGAAGCUGAAAACCUUGUCCAGAAAGACAAUUUCCUUGGUGCCAUCAGGGGGAAGUCUGAUCCGUACGCUCUCCUCCGUGUGGGCACCAUGCAGUAUCGAAGCAAGACAGUCUCCAGAGAUCUUAAUCCCAUUUGGAAUGAGACAUUUGAGUUUGUUGUUCAUGAAGUGCCUGGUCAGGAUCUAGAAGUGGAUUUGUAUGAUGAAGAUCCAGAUAAAGAUGACUUUAUGGGCAGCUUGCUGAUAAGCCUAGUGGAUGUAAUGAAUGACAGAACCGUUGAUGAGUGGUUCCCCUUAAGUAAGACGACAAGCGGACACUUGCAUUUAAAACUGGAGUGGCUUUCACUAGUAAACGACCAAGAAAAGCUGCAUGAGGAUAAGAAGGGUCUGUCUACAGCAAUUCUGAUUGUCUACUUAGACAGUGCCUUCAACCUCCCCAAAAACCACUUGGAGUAUUCAAAUGGUGAAUGUGGAACAAAGAAGAUGAAAAAUAACAAGUACCUCAAGAAGAUGGAACGAGAACCUUCCUCCUUUGUCCUGCUCACAGUUGGGAACAAGACUCAGAAGAGUAAGACCUGCAAUUUCAGCAAAGAUCCCAAGUGGGGCCAGGCUUUCACCUUCUUUGUCCACAGUGCUCAUUCCCAGUCACUCCACAUUGAGAUAAAAGACAAGGAGCGGGAUAGUGCCCUGGGAACUUCUGUGGUGUGUCUCUCCCACUUACUUAAGGACCCAAACAUGACUCUGGAUCAGAGAUUCCAGCUGGACCAUUCCAGUUCAGACAGCUUCAUUAAGAUGAAACUUGUACUGCGGGCACUGAAUGUUGAAGAACCUGAUCCACAAAGAGUCAAGGCUGGUGUCAAUGCCUCGAAGCUAGGUCCUGUGCGUGUCACGGAGAAGGCUGGAAACCAGCAGAAGUUUUCCUCUCCACAAGUCUCAAAAGUACCUCCCAUGAGCAAAGACUCUGCAGCACUUGAAUCUCUGCCAAAAAAGGACAGUGGAGAAGACCUGGUUGCUAAAGACAGUUCAGGAGCCCCUGUACCUUGUGAAAUUGUGUCUGACCUUGAUGAAGCAGAGGGCAAGCAAAAUCCAGAGCAUGGCCCACCAUCAGCAUUGCCCAGCGGGGCAGUGGCCAUGCCCACACUGCCUGUCCUGCAGGAAAUGAGGGUGGCACCCAGUGUCACUUCACUGGGGUCCCUGCCUUCUUCCUGCUUUGAAUUAAGUAGCAGCAAUCUGGAUAUUCAUAAUGGGACUGAGAUGCCUCUGGGGGAGAUCCAGCUGACCGUGCGCUACGCUUCCAUCCGGCAGAGCCUCGUCGUGCUGGUCAACGGCUGCAGAAACUUGGUACCCACUUCCAAUCGUGGAGUUGAUCCAUAUGUUCGUAUAUACCUGCUUCCAGACAGAAGAUGGACAAGCAGGAAGAAGACUUCUGUUAAGAAAAAAACUCUGAACCCCCAAUAUGAUGAAAAGUUUGAAUUUUUUGAAUCUUUGGAAAAUGUCAAGAAAAGGACACUGGACAUUGCAGUGAAAAACAGCAGGCCGUUCAUUUCACAGGAGAGGAAGGAGCUGGGGAAAGUGCGCAUUGACUUGUCCCGGGAGGAUUUAAUAAAAGGUUUUGCCCAAUGGUAUGAGCUGACAAGGAGCAGACGCAAGAAAAUCUGAUUUCUUCUCAUGUAUAUAAGUUACUAAUUUUUCAACUUCAUAUGGAUGUACAUACCUCUUGUAAUUAACAUGUUUUGCACUGUCAUUGCAAAUCUGAAGCAGGCUCCAGCUCAGGACAUGCAAAUUUAAUGAUCCUAUUCAGGGAUUAGUUCUCACUGAAGUUAAACAUAUUUUCCCCCACACAGGGAAUAAUUUGUCCUUAAAGAAUAAGUCCUUUAUUUUUGCUAUUUCUAGCAACCUCCCCCCCCU